AUGGAUUAUUCGCUUUUAGUAGGUAUACACGAUCUGAAGAAGGGAAAUGAGGAGAAUUUGCGUGAUAAGACGCUUCGGGUUUUCCAGCCUGGGGGAGAGGACGAUGCGGAGCAACAGGCGAAAAUUUUAAUGAGAACGCCAUCCAAGCUUGAAAAUGUAAAACAGGCUAAGCAAUUGCGUGAGAUCAUCAAGAAGGAGAGACCGGUACCCAUAGAAAAGAGUUCCAACAAGAUGCCAGAGGAGAUGCUAGACGAAAGAAAGCACUCCGUCUUCUACAGUGACGAUGGUGGAUUCGGAGCAACCCAUGAAGAAGGUCAGCCAGGAGAAGAGAUUUACUACCUAGGUAUCAUUGACUGUCUGACUCAUUAUGGUUUCAUCAAAAGAGUUGAGCAUCUUUGGAAAGGCAUGUCUAACAACAAAUCUCAAAUCUCGCCCAUCCCGCCUGAAGACUAUGGUGAUCGCUUUGUAAAGUUCAUGAGCGGAUUGACCAUGACAAAGGAAGAAUCCGAAAGAAUCUCGCAAGCGGGUAACCAUGUUGAUGGCUCCGGAAUGGUUAGCAACAGAAAGCCGAGCUGGUCCAUUUCACGGAAGUCUACAGACAAAGUCAUCGAGAGGGCAGAAAAGCAAGCCUACAAGUCUGAAAAGGAAAGCGCGAGUGAAGACCCUUCAAAAGACUUGACGUUAAGCGCUGUGCGACACCCGAGUCCUGACCGAAGUGGGGGAGGGGGAGGGGCAAUCCUACCAGUGGUUGAAGAAGAUGCAGAAGGGGCCAGUAGAGAGGCCAGCAUCCGUCGUGAGAAGACCCGGUCACCAAAUCCCCCAAAUUAUGAGCCGCCAACCCCCGCCGCAACCUCGAAAGCAGACUCGGGGCCCGCACAAUUACCUUCCAUACCUCAUCUGAACAGGCUGAGCAUUGGCAUUGGUUCGGGAUGA